GCUGGGCUGUUAUUACCUAAAACACCAGCUCUGCUGACACAACACAGGGGAGUGUGCGGGGCACGGGGAGGCAAUAAACACCCCAGGGAGUGGGAACCAGUCCCAUUCUGCUCCUCUCUGCCCCAUUCUGCCCUCACCGUUGGACGUUCCUAUGGUUGGGGUUGCUGUUCCUAAAACAGUAGCCCCCUCCCUCCCCAUCGCAGACCGCCUCCCGUCAGCUCCAAACGUCAGCCUCCAACCUUCUAAAUAGUCCUUUCAUGGGGAGAACGGUUUAGUUUUUAUUAAAGCGUAUGAAUGAACCGGAGGAGGCCGUCCAGCCGGAGAGCCAAGAACUGAGAAGAGACAACAGUGCGGUGUUUGUAAGCUCCUGGCUCGUCUUCUCCCGCUGAGUCCCCGAUCAGGGAAGUCCAGGCCAAGAUGUCGUCGUUGUUUCGGAGCGAGGAGAUGUGUCUGAACCAGCUGUUCCUGCAGGUGGAGGCUGGGUACUGCUGCAUCGCCGAACUGGGGGAACUGGGACUGGUUCAGUUCCGGGACUUGAAUGUCAACACCAACAGCUUCCAGCGAAGAUACGUGAAUGAGGUCCGUCGAUGUGAGGGAAUGGAGAGGAUUCUUCGAUUCUUGCAAAGUGAAAUGGAAACUGACAAGAUUGAGAUCCGCACCCCCGAGAAGCCCCCGAAGACCCCGCUGCCCCGGGAAAUGAUUGACUUGGAGACAGUUCUGGAGAAGCUGGAGGGAGAGCUUCAGGAGGUAAACCGAAACCAGCAAACGCUCAAACAGAACUUCCUGGAGCUGACGGAACUCAAGCAUCUCCUGAAGAAGACUCAGGAUUUCUUUGAGGCAGAAGCCAACCUUCCAGACGAUUUCUUUAAUGAGGACACCAGUAGCCUCCUGGAGCUGAGAACUGUCCCCUCCGCUGCUGCCGCGGGCAAACUGGGGUUCACCGCCGGGGUGAUCGGAAGGGAGAGAAUGGCAACGUUCGAGAGGCUGUUAUGGAGAGUUUGCAGGGGCAAUAUAUACAUGAAAUACAGCGAACUGGACACGAGCCUGGAAGAUCCCAUCACAAAAGAAGAAGUAAAGAAGAAUGUUUUCAUCAUAUUCUAUCAGGGAGACCAACUGAAACAGAAAAUUAAGAAAAUUUGUGAUGGAUUUAAAGCCACAGUUUAUCCGUGCCCCGAGUCACAGAGUGAACGGAGGGACAUGGCAUCCGAUGUGAACACAAGGAUAGAAGAUUUAAACACGGUUAUCACCCAGACGGAAUCGCACCGGCAGCGGGUGCUGUUGGAGGCAGCUCAGAAUCUGUACAGUUGGGGCAUAAAAGUGAAAAAAAUGAAGGCCGUAUAUCAUGUGAUGAAUUUGUGCAACAUCGAUGUCACCCAGCAGUGUGUCAUCGCAGAGAUCUGGUACCCAGUCGCUGACAAAGAACGCAUCAAGCGGGCUCUUCAGCUGGGCAUGGAACGCAGCGGUUCCACCAUCAACCCCAUUCUGACCAACAUAUCCACCAAGCUGGAGCCACCAACCUUUAAUCGCACCAACAAGUUCACAGCGGGCUUCCAAAAUAUUGUGGAUGCUUACGGAGUCGCGAAUUACAGGGAAAUGAACCCAACUCCGUACACCAUCAUCACGUUCCCCUUCCUCUUCGCGGUGAUGUUUGGAGACUGCGGUCACGGCGCCGUCAUGCUGGGAUUUGGUCUCUGGAUGGUGCUGAAUGAACGCAACUUACUAGCGUCAAAAAGCAACAACGAGAUCUGGAACACGUUUUUUGGAGGACGCUACUUGAUACUUCUAAUGGGCGUCUUCUCCAUCUAUACCGGAUUCAUCUACAAUGACUGCUUCUCCAAAUCCUUUGACAUAUUCGGUUCGUCUUGGCGAGUGCGGCCAAUGUUUACCAACGGCUCGUGGAACACUAAGUUGCUGCACGAGGGAAUUCAGCUGCAGCUUGAUCCUGCGGUGCCUGGAGUCUACUCCGGAAACCCUUAUCCUUUCGGGAUUGACCCGAUCUGGAAUAUCGCUAAGAAUAAGCUGACCUUCCUGAACUCAUACAAGAUGAAGAUGUCUGUGGUCAUGGGGAUCACUCAGAUGGUCUUUGGGGUGAUUAUCAGCCUUUUAAAUCACAUACACUUCAAGAGACACAUCAACAUUAUCCUGCAGUUCGUUCCGGAGAUCAUCUUUAUUCUGUGUCUCUUUGGGUACUUGGUCUUCAUGGUUAUCUUCAAAUGGUGCACGUAUAAUGUGUACAACUCGCAGAAAGCACCGAGCAUUCUCAUUCACUUCAUCAACAUGUUCCUCUUCAAUUACAAUGACCCGACCAACGCUCCGCUCUACGGGCAUCAGCAAGAAGUGCAAACUUUCCUGGUGAUUUUCGCCCUCAUCGCGGUGCCCUGGAUGCUGCUGAUAAAACCCUUCAUCCUUCGAGCCAACCACCUGAAAUCUCAGCGCAUGUUACAGUCAUCUCCGCUACAUGAAGACCAGACUGAGAUGAUAGAUGUGGAAAAUGCCCAGGGCAAUCACACAAAAGGUGCUGCUCAUGAAGAACAUGGCGGACACGAUCAUGGUGGAGGACAUGGAGAACAUGGCGAGGGGUUUGAUUUUGGGGACGUGUUUGUUCAUCAAGCCAUUCACACCAUAGAGUACUGUCUGGGAUGCAUUUCCAAUACGGCCUCCUACCUGCGGCUCUGGGCCUUGAGUCUGGCCCAUGCGCAGCUCUCCGAGGUGCUGUGGAGCAUGGUGAUGCAUUUUGGACUCUCCAGUGCAGGAUGGGGAGGACUUAUUGGUGUCUUCAUUAUAUUCGCCGCUUUUGCUGUCCUCACGGUGGCCAUCCUGCUGGUCAUGGAAGGUCUGUCUGCCUUCCUGCACGCGCUCAGGCUCCACUGGGUGGAGUUCCAGAACAAGUUUUACUCAGGAACGGGCCAGAUGUUCAGCCCGUUCUCCUUCCAGCGUAUCUUAGAUGGAACUGAUGUUGAUUAAAGGAGAUGCCCAACCGUCGGCUCUGCCCAGACCUCCAGACACAAAUAUCUCCUAAUAAAAAUGACAAAAAAUACUGAAUUAUGGGGUUCCUACGUGACUCCAUCUGGGCUGCCCAUGUAGAAUAACUCUUGGGUUAGACUCCUUUGCACAAUAUUUUGUGUGCUUUAAUAAAAGGAAGAAGCUGAAUAAAAACUAAUUUAUAUGAAAGUUUUCUACAA